AUGAGCCUCUUCUCCAAGAACGCCUACUACUUUUGGGACUUCUUAAAGAAUAUCUUCUUAACCGAUUCAUUACCCACUUCAUUCUCUCACUUGUUUAUUCUUUGUGAUACUCCAAUAUCGUUUCCCUCGAUAGCGUAUUUCUUUUUAUUCUAUUAUCUUUUGUUAGCUUUUUUUCUUUACAAAUUUCUCCACCUUCCUACACAUUUCACCAAGUUUGAGGCUUUUGUUUUCUUUCACUACAGUUCAGUUUUUCUUUCUUCUUCAGCUACUUCUACCAUAUUUCCAUCAAAGGUUAAUCAGCCCCGUGUCGACAAUGAAGGUUCCAAACACAGAUUUCGCAGUCUCGCCUCUCUUCUUGUCCAAGUUGUCUUUUUUGGCCUCUCAUCCUAUCUCGCUUCCCCGCUCAAUCACCGUUCCCGUUAUUUUUUUUUAUUAUUAUUCCGACCCCCGCCUCGACUCGCAUCCACUUCAAACCGCUUCAGCUUCAACUGGCCUCCGCCACGACCCACUACCACCGCAACUCGUAUUCUCAUUGAUUACAUUUUUUGUCAAUUACGUUCUUUCUUUCUUUCUUUUUUUAUUGUUACGUGCUUGAUUUGUAGUUGUAUAUUAAUUUUUUUCCUCAACGACCAUGGGUGUAAAUGGCGGCGGAACGGGGACUGGGGAUCUAGCAAUGGUGGCCUUUAUUCCAAGGCCCUCUCCCUACCAUCCCAAGUUCUUCAGCGGUUCGUUUUUAAUCACCAUUUUCUCUGUUCUUUAACGUUUUUUUUUUUUUUGUUUCUUUUAACUCUUCAUUCACCCGACUCUAUCUAUUCGCUCGUCAAAUCUUCUUGCGUCAACGUUUUAUUCCAUCGUUUCUUUCUUUUUAUUUUUCUUCGUGUGCUUUCAUUCAGUAACUUUCUCCUCUGUGAAACAUAA